GGGGUAUGCCUUGUACGCUCUGUAGUAUUUCAUAAAAGCCUCGCCAACUGUUUGCGGCGGAACCUCGGACUCAUAUACGAAGAUUUAGGCCAACAUAUUCUCGGUGACUUCCACGGCCCGUAUUGAAAAAAGAACCAGGGCUUAGCUAUUUGUCCUGUUGGGAGAGAAUUCUACCAAUGCAAAAUCGUUCAUCUCAUCAAACUGGAUGCAAGGAUGUCAGUUGAUGAUAACGCCCAGCACUCUGGCAUCAGUGCAGAGAGAAAGCCUUAUAUAGUUUGCUUUGUUGGGCUGGAUAAAGACUUUGAAACACUACUUGUUGAUUUGAUUCCAGAUGCUCAGGUCUUAAGCUUCGUAGCACCAGCACUCUCGGUAACAGAAAUUGAAGAUGCUGCUGUCGGCCUGCUAGACUAUCUUUAUGAUAAUUAUACUUUUGUCAACAGAGAGAAUGAAUGGAACAGCAUCGCCCUUGUUACCCAAGGUGUCACAGGCUUUAUACUUAAGCAGGCAAUGAACCUCGCCAGCACCGAUGAGAAAUAUCAAGAUUUGGCAUUCUUGGUGUCAGAUUUGAUAUUCAUUGAGACUCCUCACCGUAUUGGUAAUGGGUCAACAUGGCAAGCUGCCCUAGAAGUUGUGCUUGACUCGGACUCACAACCGUUGCAAAACAAGUUUGUGAGCCAAGUAGAGUCAACCUGUGCAUCAUUUCUUUGCACAGCAAAGAAGUAUCGUAUUGUCAAUAUCCUAGCUCCCAGCUCCAGCCUCGUGGUCGGCAACUUUGAUUGUCGCAUAUUGGACUACUGGCUGGAAACGGCCAUCGUAAUGACGGGGCCACUGACAGCCUCAGCUAUCAGUGAGAGAAUCGAGGAUCUCGAGCGUUUGCGCCAAAUCUUGGCUGCGCCUCAUAUGACCCAGCCUGAACUCAAGUUUCCAGUACGGGAUUACUUCUCCUGCCUCACUGAUCUCUCCUGGUCCUGGCGCCGGUUGGGAGACUAUGGCCACUGGGAGAAUAAAGAGUUUACGAUGCACGGGCAUUUGAAUCAUACUCGGCUUGACCGUAUAUCUCUGUUUAUCCAGCUCAUCGGCCCUGCAGGAUGCGGAAAGAAGACCUUGCUACGUCACUUGGCUAUUACUCGGAACAAGAGCCCACAGACAACAACAGUGUUACUUGUCAAAGAGGACUUCAAUACACUGAACGGCCUACAGCUAGACGUUUUGAAAAGCUUUAUCUGCCAAGUGCUUUGGCAGAGACCAUUCCUCUUCACUCGCUUGGACGCUUACCUGGACACCUUCACUGAUGCCCAGAAGUGGACGGAAGGAUCACUGUGGAUCAUUUUGCGCUUUCUAUGCCAGGCUAGGUGGCUGGGUAGGCUAAGUUUGUAUAUUGCUGAUAUCUCUGACUGGUUGCUGCCAUUGCGGCCGCUAUUGCGAUUCCUCCAGUCGGCAUCCGCCGUCCAGCUGAGUAUCAUUACUACGAGCAGACAGGCCGAUUUGACCGAACUACCCCCGGAUACUGUGGUUAUUGAUGUACUUUCCGACUGUGAUUGGGAUAGUGGCAUCGCAACUAUAAUACACGAGCUGCUUUCGGUGCAGCCAUGGCUUGGGGAUCCUUCCAUACAAGACAAAAUCCUAAAGCACCUCCAACAGUGCAGGGGGACUAUCUUACUGCUUACAUUUACUUGAAGCAAGUAUCCCGUGUGACAGUCAUCCCUACACCAGCCGCAAUUGAACAAAUCCUGGAUCAGCUUUCCCCAGAUCGGGAACAAAUC